AUGCGCACCGCAAACAACCCGGCCCUGACUGACAACUGGGACGAUCACGAAGGAUACUACAAGAGCAUUCUCGGCGAGGUUCUGGACGAGCGCUACCACGUGUACAGUCACCUCGGCAAAGGCGUCUUCAGCACGGUCGUCAAGGCCCGAGACCAGAAAGACAAUGAUCGCGACGUUGCUAUAAAGAUUAUUCGCAACAACGACACAAUGUAUCGCGCCGGAAAACGUGAGAUGAAGAUCCUCAAUCAGCUGCAGGAAUCGGACCCGGACGACAAGAAGCACGUCAUCCGCAUGCUUCGACAUUUUGAGCACAAGGGCCAUCUGUGUCUUGUGUUCGAGUCGCUUAGCAUGAACCUCCGCGAGGUACUCAAGAAAUUCGGAAAGGACGUAGGCAUCAACAUCAAGGCCGUUCAAAUCUACACCAAACAGCUGUUCUUUGCCCUCUCGCUGCUGAAGAAGUGCAACAUUCUGCACGCCGACAUCAAGCCAGACAACAUCCUGGUGAACGAGUCCAAGACGGUGCUCAAGCUGUGUGACUUGGGCUCGGCGUCAGACAUCGCCGAGAACGAAAUCACGCCAUAUCUCGUCAGCCGGUUCUACCGCGCUCCUGAAAUCAUCUUGGGCGUGCCAUACGAUCCAGCCAUUGACGUCUGGUCGGUGGGUUGCUCGUUGUAUGAGCUCUACACGGGCAAGAUCCUGUUUCCCGGACGCACAAACAACCAAAUGCUGCGCCUGAUGAUGGAUCUGAAGGGCAAGUUCCAGCAUAAAAUGAUCCGGAAGGGCAAGUUUGCGGAGAACCACUUUGAUUUCUCGGAUCUGUCGUUCCUGCAAGCCGAAGUGGACAAGAUCAGCGGCAAGGAUGUUGUCAAGAAGGUGGUGAUCACCAAGGCCACCCGCGACCUUCGUGCCCGUCUCCUCGCCUCAGAGGAUGUCUCCAAGAUGUCCGAAGACGAACACAAGCUAGUCAAUCUGUUUGUUGACUUUUUGGACAAGUGCCUCAAUCUGAACCCCGAGAAGCGACUGUCCGUCAAGGAGGCGCUGGCCCACCCGUUCAUCGCCAACAAGUAA